AUGCUACUUCUAUACUCGACCAUCAUCAUCCGAUCAUCUAACAAGAACACUCCAAAAUCCCACCGGAUCGACCACUACCACCAGACCGAACCCACAAUCACUCCGCCUCUUCAGAAAGCUCAACAACCCCACACCGCCAUCAUGCAAAUCAUCACUCUCGUUCUUGCUGCUUUCGCCAUGAUCAUCUCUAUGGUCAAGGCCGCGCCUAUCGACACCGUUAUCAGCCAAGCCUCCAGCAACUCUUUACAUGCCAUCGCCAACGCUGACAUGUCCAACGAUUUCUUCGCAACUACCCACAACAAGAUCAAAGCACGAUCGGGGCCGAUGUGCGAGAACUGCAGGUCUUGCACAGCCAAGCAGACAGGGAUUCCGUUGAUCACGAGCACCCUUCGAUACGACCUUCACAUUGGUGCUCCCUUCGCUAACGGCGCGGGAUGCGGUCCAAUCGAGACGGCGUUCGAAGAGGAUCCGCACACCCCAGACUUCGCCGCCUCCAAGUGCAAGGAUGAUGGGUACGGCAUGACCAAGAUCAGCUUCGUGGCCCUGAGGCAUGAUAGGGGCUGGGAGAUCAGCAAGUUUUUGAAUGUGAUUUACCCCGAGGUCCGACGUCAUACCUUUGACGGGUUCAACUGUCCGCAAGAAUGA